AUGCCGCCGGUAACGAGCCAAAUGUUAGAUAUUCGUCGCGAAAAGGACUGUGUGGGCAUUACCCUUGAGCGCAAGUACUUCCACGUCAACGGCUCGUUCGUCAAGCGCAGUCUUCGUCCUUCGGAAUGGCAGAUCAACCCUGUGGCUGGAACCGUCUGCGUGCCGCGCUUUGGGAACGAACGUCUCCUCAAUGAAGCUGCCAAUAUGCAAUUCAUCGCGUCCUUUGAGCGUUCACUUUUGUUCAAGUCUCUAUCCUGCUUAGGUAAUGCUCUGACGUGCGGCUCGGAGGGCGAGUUGAUUGGUGUCCGUCGUGUGGCCGGCGAUUUUUGCGGCGACGGUGAGGAGAAAGACUGGAUGGAAGAGACGGCAGCAGAUGAAACCCAAUGCUUCUGUUGGCCAAACCCCAAGAUAGGACGGGCAUUUUGGGCGACCGAUUUGCCAAAGGAAGCGAAGAAGGGCCGCCGACGGUGA